AAUUUUCCCGAAGUUAUCCCAACUCAUAAGGUGUCAAGAAUGCCCCCACCUGCCCCUAUCGUUCCCGAGGGCUGGAAAGCCGAAUUUGAUGACCGAUAUCAGGAAUGGUACUAUGUCAAUCUUCACACCGGACGCUCGCAAUGGGAACGACCAGAUCGACCAGCCCAGCCGGAUGGCGCGGCUCCCCCUCCCAAUGGUCCCCCGCCCAGUUACGAGGCCACCACGCGUGAUCGACAAAAUCCAGAUCCACGAGCUCGGGAUCGUCCGGAUGCCUACUACUCCUCCCCGCGACCUGCGUCGCAGUCCAACUAUGUGCCGAAUCGAGGGGAAGGGCCCUAUGGCUACCCGCAGCCCCAGUACGGGUACAAUGGCUACGGCUAUAACCCUGCGUAUCCCCCGCAACCUGCCUACCCCAAUCAGUAUCCCAAUGCCUACCAGAACGGCCCAGAUCAAGCCCAACCCCCGCGCAAUCAGAAGCAGAAGAAAGGCAUGGGCAAGAUGGGGGCCGCUGCCCUAGGAGUGGGCGGAGGAUUGCUAGGAGGAUUUCUGCUCGGAGAAGGCAUCGAGGCGUUGGAGGAUGAUUUUGAGGGCCCACCACCGCCACCGGACUUUGGCGACUUUGGGGGAGGUUUUGGUCCCUUCUAGUGCUUGAUUGUGGUUAUUUUUUUGCGACGACGACAUGAUGCCUUGUAGGAGAGAUGUUUGUGCCAACUCGAUACCCAAUAGACUUCAAUACAGACUCCUUCGGCCACUAUAUCAAUGGAUACUAAGCUUUAGAUCGGUUUAAGAUGGGGAAAUAUGUGCAUUCGUACACGGUGGUGAAGAGGUGGAUGACAUAUUAGGUUCUCUCUUCAAUUUAAUUUUCUCUCUCCUCUCCUCGUGGGCUGAUAACGUAAUCUAGAACCCCAUUCGAGAGACUCACUGCAGGCAGUGGCAGACAAGAUGCUGUCUGUCAUAACCCACCAUAAUUCGU